UAUUUUAUAGGCAUCGUUAGAACAUAAUAACUAAAAACAAUAAAAUCACAGAAACACGGCCACUUAGUAUUUGCACACACAACAACAACACCAUGCCAAAGAAAAUGGGUUUGAACUCAAAAGCAGUGGAGGCGCGUGAACGAAAGGAUGCAAUAAAAAAGGCAGCGCAGGAACGGGUGGCAAAAGAGGCAGAAGAUGUCAAGUGGUUAGAUGAUGACAAGAAAAAUUUGGCGAAGCAGCGCCGCCGCGAGAAUGAUGAAUUAAAACGUGCAGAAGCUGCACGUCGCAAGGCCGAAGCAAAAGUACUGCUGGACCAGGAAAUGAGCUCCAUACGAACGCAGGGCAAGCAACCACUUGCAAAAAUCAAUCGACAGCAGAUAUUGGAAGAACUGGACAAAAAACAACGAGUCAUUGAAGCAAUUAAUUCUGCCAACAAACCCGCCGCUCGUACUGUCGUGCAGCAAAACGUUGUCAUUGAGGAGAACCUCAAUCGUGCAAUGGCAGAUACAUGUCUAGCUACAAAUGUUGACCAGGCCCUGGCGGUGCUGAGCAUUAAUGAUGAAGAAGAUAAACACCCGGAAAAGCGUAUGCGUGCAGCGUACAAAAGCUUUGAAGCCGCAAACCUUCCUCGCAUUAAGGCGGAAAAUCCUCAACUCCGUAUGUCCCAGUGGAAGCAGCUACUUAUGAAAGAGUGGAACAAGUCCCCUGAUAAUCCAUUUAAUCAGGGUCGUUAAGGGACGAGUGCGCAAUAAAGAGCUACAAAUAAAGUUAGUGCAAGUGUGCAUACUCUAGUGACCGUCAGUUUACUGGCACCUAAAUUAAAUGAAAUGCGCUAAAAGCAUCGGAAAAGUAUAUAUCCUUAUUUAAUUCAUAGAAUUUAAUGUAUUAGUCUGAAAUAAAUGUAACUUAUAUUUAACAAGCAGACACCUUACCGAAAUGACCCACUGACUCAACAUCGACACUGCUACAAAUAAACCAGAAAGAAAAAUUAAAUAAUGUUACUAUUAUGCCACCCACA